UUUGUCAGUGAGCAAACGUACAAAGUCAGCAGGGGAUCAAAUACUUUUUUCCCUCACUGUAUGUAUGAAGGUCAUUAUGUGCCCUAAGCAGGGAUGAUAUUUUGGGUCUAGUAUCACCCACCUUGUUAUGAAUCCCAUCUGCCCAUAGGCAACAGGCAUUUCUGCUUCCUGGGGUAAUUGGACCGCGUUGGACACUGCGUUCAUUAUAUAUUUAUAAACUGUGUGCAUCUCACUUAAUCUUCCAUGGGACAAUAUUGCUCUGCUCCUCCUUGUGCUUAGUGGGGACAGCUGCAGACACUGCAAAUAUGGGCCAUGGUUGUCCAUCACGUGCAAGGGUAAUUUGAAGGUGAUGUUUUAAAAACUGAAUGCAGUGUAGCAAGAGAGUACAACGAAGAAUGAUAUUGUAACCUGCACAGUGAUACCCACAAACAAGUUUUUUUUUUAAAGGUCAUGUCAACACAUUGUGAAUCGUACACCGAACCUGCAUUUCACCUGACAUAGGGUAUUAUUCACAUUAAUAUAGUUCUUAACCCAGGGGUCAAGGACCUUGUCAUUUAUGCAUUUACACACAAGCACGACUUGGUAAUAUUAUGUUGUUGAAGCAGGUGCGAGCCAGUUAGGCUGUACCAACUGCAGUAGGGGGUGUACAUCAUAUCGUUCCAGUAUGGCUGGGUGGCUCUAAAAGUCAAUGAUAAUGACAAUAUCGCAAUAAUGAGUGAAGUUAAAGAUGCAGCCCUGGAAUUACGUAAACACAUUACUGUUGACGCAUAGGCCUCCACUAAAGGGAACUCUAGAAAGUACUUAAAGAAUGUGUUUUUCCUACUUUUCCACGUUGGCCAGAGAUCUUGGAAUAGGUUAGAGAACCCACACUCUACCCCACCACACGCGAUCUGCCUUUCAAUAUACUCUGGUGUAUUCAUUUAUACUGCUUGGUUGACAGUGGCGGGGAAAUUUAAGGAACGUGGCCCAUUGCUUGAACUUAUGCGCCGGGAAACCUCAACCGAUGACCUCUGGAUACAAGUCCAGUAUGCUAAUCGUUCCAUAAACACAGUAUCCCUACAGAGUACUUGGGUUUAAAAAAAAACGAAUAGAAGCCUGAGAUUAAACCAAGCUCUCGCGUGGAAUGAGUUGGCACGUGCAGGUCAAUCGCUAAUGACCCAUAUGAAAAACAAUGUUUGUCAUUAAAAACAAUUCUUCACUUAAGUCAUAUCAUUCCAACACCGAAGGAUUUAUUUGUGAAAUUGCUACGCAUUUAUUCAGCAGAACUGUACAAAGAAAGGCCCUCACUCUUCACAGUUAAAGAAAGUGCAGCCUACAUAUAGAACAUUAAAGGUUUUUAAUGUAUUUUUAGCUCUGAGUUUCCGCAAUAAAUCGUGUGGCUCUGCUGUUUAAAGCAAUGACCCAGAUUUAUGUUUUAAUCAUGGUUGCUGAACAAAGGCCAAAGUGUCUAAUCCACCGAGUGGCCAGCUGCAAUGAAAGAUAAAAAUAUAAAUAAAAACUACUUCACGAUAUGUUCAGAUGCUUCUAGCACAAUUUAGAUUGAAAUAAUGUUUUUUUAUACAAAAUUUUGUUUCACAAAAAAUGUGACGAUUAAAUAUAAGCUAUUUCAAAAAAAUCUAUUUCUGAUCUAGAGCAUUUGAUCAUUGAGGGAGAUUAAUAAAAUUACUUAAAAAUGUAUAAACGUUGAACUUAUUUCUUACAGUACGUAGCCAACCGUGAUCAUCGGGGAGGGGGUAAUUGUCAUAACCAUGUCCAGAAGGACAUUGUAUGAAGACAAAAAUGGAUAAAGGAAUGCACGAGAGGAAUGUGCUUCAAAAUAAAACAAGGCAUCCGUGUUUAACGACAUACACCACCACGCCCGUGCCACCCAUCACAGGUCUACUAAAGGAGACGUUGUGCUGCACAAAAAGUCAUACAAUUGUAGCGUCUCAUCCAGUAGUUGCGUCCAUUAUAUAUUUAAAAAAAACCGGCAUGGCCUUUUUAAGUAAUAUUUAAAGGUUGAUGUUCUCAUUCUUUUCAAAAGUAGCUUUACUUUUGCUGUGACACCUGAUUUUUUUUCUUCCGAUUGGUAGUGUUGGAUUGCGUUCAAGCAAAUUAUUUCAUAUUGCUGUUAGGCAAUAAUUCCUAGUGGAUACUUAGCCACAUUUAGUUCACAACAGCGACUUGCGUGUCACCGUGCAACGAUCAAACGUAGACGAAUCAAACAUCCUGAAUAAACCAAAAUACCAAGACAUCUUGUGCAAGCAAGUGGCUUCAUAAUUUCGUCUAUAAUUUAAUAUGUUUAAGAAGUUUUUUUGAGCCGAAUAUAUAAGAUAGAACUACCGCCACCCUUUCUCUGCCAUUGCUAAAACAUGGCCGUCAAGAAUGAACCAACUAAACGUCGAUCGUGCACCAAAAUGAGAGCAGUUGCCACAAUGCUUGUUGCUUUUCUUAAACACCGGAAAACUGGUUUAAAUGACUUCACGCAAAAAGUGGUGUCAAACCCCGGCAUGUGCCAAAAUCCAGACGUACGGAAAUUCCUCCAACUUGAUAACCCCCGGAACCAGACACAGGGGCCGAUGGCUGAUGAAGACCACAUAAACAUGAAUGAUGCAGACCACAUAAACUUGGGGCCCUCUGCAAAUCUACAGGCAAAGCCGUCGGACUUUGAUUUUCUAACCGUCCUUGGAAAGGGCAGUUUUGGAAAGGUUCUGCUUGCAAAGCACAAGAGUGAUGGGAUAUUCUAUGCUGUAAAAGUGAUGAAAAAGUCAAUAAUACUGCAAAAGAAGGAGGAGAAGCACAUCAUGGCAGAGAGAAAUGUCCUGGUGAAGAACGUGCGUCAUCCUUUCCUGGUGGGCCUGCACUACUCGUUCCAGUCGGCAGACAAAUUGUACUUUGUCAUGGAUUAUGUCAACGGUGGUGAGCUGUUUUUCCACUUGCAGAGACAGGGAAGUUUCCCAGAAUCUCGUGCGCAGUUUUACGCAGCCGAGAUUGGCAGCGCAAUUGGGUAUCUCCACUCCUUGAACAUUGUGUACAGGGACUUGAAGCCAGAAAAUAUCCUCUUGGACUACCAGGGCCACAUCGUGCUCACCGACUUUGGGCUGUGCAAGGAAGGCAUCGACCCUCACAGCACCACCUGCACCUUCUGUGGGACCCCUGAGUAUUUGGCACCCGAGGUUCUGAAGAAGCACCCGUACGACCGGACGGUGGACUGGUGGUGUCUGGGCUGCGUGCUCUACGAGAUGCUCUAUGGGCUGCCUCCGUUCUACAGCAAGAACCUGAAGCAGAUGUACGAAUCGAUCCUGCACCAGCCGCUGCAGCUGAGGCCCUGCACCACAAACGCGGCGAUCUCCGUGCUGGAGGGGCUCCUGCACAAGGACCCACACCAGCGGCUGGGGGCCACCAGCGACAUCCUGGAAAUUAAGAACCACGUGUUUUUCUCCACGAUCAACUGGAAUGACCUGGAUGCAAAGAGAAUCCCUUCUCCGUAUAAUCCCGGCGUGAGUGGACCAUGUGACCUGCACAACUUUGACCCGGCCUUCACAGCGGAGCCGCUGUCCAUGUCGAUGGCACAGUCGAGUGACACGAGCUCCGUCUGUGCCAAUGUGGACGAGGCUGCGGACGCCUUUGUGGGAUUCACAUACAUGCCUGGCCUCGAGGACCAGUACCUGCCAGAUGUGUAGGCAGAGAGAACUGAGUCGGUGUCGUAAUCCUUAUCAUUGCAGUAGUGAUGAACAUCAUCGACGAGAUCAAUGUCAGGGCUUAAUUUUUGAAUGGAAUAUUUUCUGGUGUCCCAAACUCCCAACCACCCCACCCAGGUACCUCGCCAUCUCACCUCCUCCUGCUUCCCCAUGAUGGCCAGGGGAGAGGGUGCUCUGUGAUCAAUAUCCUUAAGGUCAUAUCCACCGUCACCCUCUUCAAUAUAAUCUUCUAACGCAUCAAAUCAAUAUCACUUUCAAACAAUAAUAAUAUUGGGGAAACUAAGCGAUAUAUCUCGGACCGUGUUCGUGAACAUAAGGCAGAUCUGAAACACGGUAGGACCAAUACCUCGGUCGUGGCUGAUCAUUGUUUUAAUGCG